AUGACCGACAAAGAGCGCUAUGAAUCUCUCAGGCACUGCAGGUGGGUUGAUGAAGUCAUUCCUGAUGCACCAUGGGUGCUUACAGAGGAGUUCCUUGACAAACAUCAGAUUGACUAUGUGGCACAUGAUUCUCUUCCUUAUGCCGAUGCAAGUGGAGCUGGCAAAGAUGUUUACGAGUUUGUCAAGUCCAUUGGGAAAUUUAAGGAGACAAAACGAACUGAAGGGAUAUCCACAUCAGAUAUAAUAAUGAGGAUUGUCAAAGACUACAAUGAAUAUGUGAUGCGCAACUUGGACCGAGGAUACUCGAGAAAAGAACUUGGGGUUAGUUAUGUGAAGGAAAAGAGGUUGAGAGUGAACAGGGGGUUAAAGACGUUGCAAGAGAAAGUGAAAAAACAACAAGAAAAAGUGGGAGAGAUUCGAGAGAAGGGUCAAUGGGGAGCCCCAUUGGUCUUGGACAUAGGUCACAGGCUGGAGUCUUACAUGGAAAUUGCUAGUUGUCUGAACAUCAGAUCUAUCCAGCUUUCUGCCUUGAAUUAG